CUCUCUCUCUCUUACAGAAAAAAUGGCGAAAAGAAACAAAAAAUGAAAUUGAGACAGAGAAAGUUUUCUUCUUCUUCUCCAUGUCGUAAAGAAGAAGAAACCUUCGAAAGAUUUAACAUCUUCUGUCAUACUAUCUCAUCUCUCUAAAACUCUCUCAAGUCAUCAUGACCAGAGUUAGACCAACCGCACUGGUCAAGGCAUCGGAAAAGCCGCCGGCGCCGGCGAUACCUAUGGUGCAGGGAGGUGAUGAAAUUAAUGGAUCUGAUGCAGGAGGUAUCAGUAAAGAUAUUCGAUUUCGGGGAGUUAGAAAGAGACCAUGGGGGAGAUUUGCAGCGGAGAUCAGAGAUCCUUGGAAAAAAACUAGGGUUUGGCUCGGCACCUUCGAUUCAGCGGAAGAUGCUGCUCGUGCUUAUGAUACUGCAGCUAGAAAUCUCCGUGGUGCGAAAGCCAAGACUAAUUUCCCUUUCCCACCUUACUCUGGAUUUCAUCUUCAAAACCCUAACGAUCUGAUAAUGGAGAAUCGUCUCUAUCCUCUUCCUCCUCCUCAUCAUCAUCCUCAUCAUCCUCAUCAGCGUCAGAUUAUUAUUGCUCAGAGGCCAGCGUCGAGUAGUAUGAGCAGCACCGUCGAGUCUUUCAGUGGCCCUAAGCAGCAGAGGCUUACUGUUGCGCCGGUGCCGUCUUCCUCCCGUAGGUAUCAUCGGUCGCCGCCAAUCUUGCCUGACGAUUGCCGUAGUGAUUGUGAUUCGUCAUCCUCUGUUGUUGACGAUGGAGAUAAGGAUAUUGCUUGUUCGAGUUUUAGGAAAUCAUUGCCUUUUGAUCUUAACUUGCCUCCACCGGUGGAUGAUGAUAAUCUUUGCAUUACAGCUCUCCGACUCUGAUUGAUUGAUUGGUUAUGAAAAUGGUAUUCAAAUCUUCCUCCUUUUUGUUCUAAUGAUGAUGAGAUGUUCUAAUUGCUUGAAUGUUUCUUGCAAAUUUCAUAUACCUUUGAUAUAAUCUCUUUAAUUGUUAGGAGACUGAAACUUUCCAUUCCAUUGCAUUUGUAAGUCUGUUGUUCUUGUUGAAGAUCUAGAUAGAAAUGUAUAACCAGAGGAGGAGGAUUCAGCUAGAAUCCAUUCAGAGAUUUGCCUUAAUCAUCUUCCAUUCAUGAUGAUGGCCAAGAAACUUAUGCUUGCUUUUUAUGAAUUCAUGUAAUGUCAUCUUAGGAGGAACAUCUUUUAUUUAUUUGCA